AUGAAAGUUACAUUCUUGAUCAGCUUUAUUUUACUCGCCUCCUCUCUUUCCGUUUCGGCCGCUGAAGAAAAGAAAAAGUUAGAAUUUGGCUAUGUCGGAUCGUUAGGUCCAGACAAUUGGCAUUUACUCUCGGAAGAAUCCAAAAUUUGUCAAACAGGGAAAAAACAAUCUCCCAUUGAUAUCACUUCACAAGAUUUAAAAAAUUUGGCAAAACCACCACCCGCAGAAUUCAAAAAUGCUAAAGAUGUUGAAUCAUUUAAUAAUGGUAAUACGGUUGAAAUCUUUUCAGGAAAGGAAGGAGUUCCUUUACCCGCUACUAUCCAGGUUGACGGAGAAACCUAUGAUUUACAACAAUUUCAUUUUCAUACCCCUUCAGAGCAUAGAGUAAAUGGCAAACAUUUUGAUAUUGAACAGCACUUGGUAUUUACAACUAAAGAUGAGAAAGUUAGCGUUGUGGCAGUAUUUUAUGAUGUCGGUAAAGAAGAAUCAAAAUUCAUGGCCCCUAUCGUUAAAGAUUUACCCAAAGAGAAAGACGAUAAAAAGAAAAUCAAAGAGAUUGACCUAUCCGGUUUAUUAACCGACAUUCAAAAUAUUACCGCCGCUUUCACUUAUUCCGGUAGUUUAACUACUCCUCCUUGUACCGAAGGUGUUACUUGGUACGUUAAUAAAGAUGCUCAAGUGGUUUCUCUUGAUCAAUUCAUGGGAUUAAGAGAGGUUACGGGAUUCAAUUCUCGCUUCACUCAAUUAAGAUCGAAUGAUACUACAAACGAAAAACAUGUAAAAAAGAGAUCUCUAUAUAAAUUUGAUCGAUUUCUAAAAUAA